UACUUUCUUCCCGUUGAUCGCUGUGAUUGGUUCGAUCCCGACACCCAUCAUGCUUGGUUGCAGUGCGGCGAUUGUUGUUGGCGUCGCUGCUGUCAGGAGUCAGACAUCACGGCUCGGCGUUGCAAUGCAGUUCCUGGGGCGUCUUUUGGACACGGUCUCCUCCGUAUCGACCCUCUUCAGUAACCCUUACCGGGUAAGGGACGUGCAGCUGUCCGACUACGGUGGGGGAGGAAAGCUCAAGCUGAGACAGGACGGACGCCUGGUUCUGUAUAAGAACGCCCAGUGCCAAUCAUGGGACUGUGUGCUUACGUGUCCCGAUACACCUAUGGGGGCCCUCAGGCUUUUUCAGGUGGGAUCAGAGGAGGACGCCAUGAACUGGUUCCCGCAGUAUGCUCUCAAGCUCCCACCCUUUUAUGAAACACUCCCGCCGAUGAAGGCCGAGACAGUGCAGAUGAUCGUGGACUGCCUCCGCAACCACCCAGAGUGGAGCGUCGCUCACAUCGCCGUGGAUACGGGUCUUAGGGAUUGCCUUAAGCAUAACUAUGUCCAAAGUCAGAUCAACACUCGUGAUGCGCUGGGUCAGACGCCGCUGCACCUGGCGUGCGAGCGAAGCGACUCGGCGUGUGUGAAGGAGCUUCUGGAGGAGAGCCAGGCACGCACGGACAUCAGAGACAACCAAGGGGAGACGCCCAUGCACUUUGCCGCCAAGCACGACUCCCCCGUCAUCAUCCAGGUCCUGUGCUCACGCUUGUGCUCUGGUGUGAACGAGCUCAACAACAACGGGGAGACGCCGCUCCACGUGUCCUGCCGCCUGGGCAGGUUGGAGGCCGUCAAAGCCCUCCUGGGGGGCGGGGCCAAGUGCAACAUCCUGGGUGGCGUCGGCUACCCGAUCCACACCGCCAUGAAGUACAGUGAGAAGAGCUGUGCAGAGGAGGUCCUAAAAGCGGAUCCUGACCAGCUGCAUGCUGAAGACUCUCUGUAUGGAGGCACGCCGCUCCACUGGGCUAAAACAGCCGAGAUGUGUCGCAUGAUGCUGGAUAAAGGCUGCACAAUUAACUACCUCAGCAAAACCGGCGAGAGCGCCCUUCACAUUUUGACCAAGAAAGGUCGCUUCGAGGCGGCGAUGGUUCUGCUCACCCACGGCGCCAACGCCAACCUGAAGGGGCAGGACGGAAACACGGCACUGCACCUAGCCAUGAAGAUGGAUCACAUGGAGUUGAUCAAAGCUCUUAUUGUGUUCGGGGCCGAUGUGGAGAUCCACAACGACUUGGGAGAGACGCCGGGACUGAUCGCUGCUCGCACCAGCAAAGGCCCCAAUAGAAAGAUACUGCUGGACAUGCUGUGUAGUGUAGGUGUGCAACGCUGCCAUCCUCCCACUCCUGGCAGCCCUUCCCCGUUCUCCAGCAAAGCCGUAGCGCAGGCGGGCAUAGGUUUUGAGGACAUUAUGCACAUGGGAGCUGCUAUCACAGCAAUGAGCAGAGGCACAUCCCAAGUGGACGGUACCAAGAAAAUGAGAAUUGACAGACUGCUGUGUCUGGAUGGAGGAGGCAUCAAAGGGCUGGUUCUGAUCCAGAUGCUAAUUGCCCUGGAGAAAGAGGCGGGCCGGCCUACGAGAGAGCUCUUCGACUGGGUGGCUGGCACCAGCACAGGUGGAAUCCUGGCCCUGGCUGUAGUCCACGGGAAAUCCAUGGAGUACCUCCGCUGCUUGUACUUCAGGAUGAAGGAGCAGGUGUUCAAAGGGUCUCGACCAUACGAGUCGGCCCCACUGGAGGACUUCCUGAAGAAUGAAUUCGGAGAGAACACCAAAAUGACAGAUGUCCAGUAUCCCAGAGUGAUGGUGACCAGUGUUUUAGCAGACCGCCAUCCGGGAGAGCUCCACAUUUUUAGGAAUUACGACCCGCCCUUCUUACAAAGAGAGUCCCCUUACGCCACCACGGCCACCUUCAAGCCUCUCACCAUUCCGCAAGGAUGGGAGAGUGAGGAUGUGUUGCUAGUAGGAUACACAGUGGAGUCUGCCAGUAAACGUAGGAAGCUGACUGAGGAAGAGCAACUAGUGUGGCGAGCUGCCCGGUCCAGUGGCGCCGCUCCCACCUACUUCCGCCCAAUGGGACGCUUCCUUGAUGGCGGACUGUUGGCCAACAACCCCACGCUAGAUGCCAUGUCAGAGAUCCAUCAGUAUUACAAAGUUCUCAAAGCAGAGGGCCACGGAGUUGAAAUCAAGAAGCUUGGUCUCGUUGUUUCCCUUGGCACUGGUAAGCCUCCCCAGGUGGCGGUAAGUUCCGUGGACGUUUUCCGACCCUCCAACCCUCUGGAGCUGGCUAAGAGCAUCGUGGGAGCCAAGGAGCUGGGCAAGAUGCUGGUAGACUGCUGCACUGACUCUGAUGGCUGUGCAGUGGACAGAGCCAGAGCCUGGUGUGAGAUGACUGACACCAUCUACCACAGACUGAGCCCUCAGCUUUCUCAGGAGGUGAUGCUGGAUGAAGUCAGCGAUUCCGUUCUGGUGGACAUGCUGUGGGAAACUCAGAUGUACUUGUACGAGAAGAGGGAUGUGCUGCAGUCCCUCGCCAAUGCACUGCUCUAAGACAACUAAAAAAAAAGAUGCAGACACUCAUGAGGUGAUGAGCUCACAACACAAUGAAACGACUGGAAUCACUGACAGAUGAGAGGCGUGUUCUUAAGUGAAGGUCCUCACACUGUAAGUUUAGCUUCUGAUAAGCGGGCGUAGCAUCAAACCUCUGAAGAACAGCAAGCAAGUCCAACAACAGGUCGCACAUUGCAUUUUUGAUAGUUUUGUGUGUCGUUUUUAAUUGAACUCAUAUUAAGAUACCCAAGUAUUCCAUUUUCCUCUUGCAAUGUUGACACAAUAUGAUGCUACUUGCAUGAUGAUGAGGAGAGAGCGAAAUAAGUACUGUAGCUCUUUUUCCACUUGAUCUGCACAUGUGAUCAUUUACUAACCUCUUCACAACGAUUGUAGCACUAUUUUCCUCCUUUUAUUUAUAUUAUUAUUAUAUAUCAUAUUACACAUAUAAUAUAUUAUAUAGAUAUGUAUAUAUAUAUAUAAAUAUUUAUAACAGCACGUAUUAGUUAUUGAGUUAAUAUGUUCAACAUCUAAUAAAAAAAAAAAACGUUAUGUCAUCUGCAUAUCAAUAAUUUUUAUUGAUUAUGGUCUGGUAUUGCUGAGUCAGUGUACACGUUUAAUGUACGACUGAAGAAAAUUAAUCAAGCAUUAUGGAUAUUUCCUAUCAAACCAUAGAUAAGCAAAGGAAUGUGUAAGUAACUCUAAUCUAAUGUACAGCAAAAUAACAAAUGUCCAGAAACAAAAUAAAUGAAACUGCUGAUUGGCAAAAUGCAAUUGUAAUAACAUUUUCACAAUGUGAUAUAUCUGCAAUAACAGAUUGAAAUUAAAUGUGGUCAAGUACAAUUUUUUUUUACAAAUCCUGUAUAAAUAUAAACACCAAAGUGCUAGUUACUCAUUAUAUAAGAAUAUAAUAAAAUAUAUAAAAUAUGAGUCGAGUUAUGUGCUGUAAGGUUAAUGGCUGGUGAGGCUAUUGAGUCCUUCGUGUUAUUAUCCUUCAUGACUAUUUUGGUUUUGUUGCCAACUUCCGGUGUUUAGAAUAACUUCCUGUCCUGGUGCUCUUGUUUUGUCAGUAUUUCCUGUUUGGUCUCUGUGUUUUGAAAACCUAUUUUCUGUUCCAUGUCCUGCCAGCACACCUGAUUCAUUAAUAAGUUCUACUUAGUUCCACCUGGGUUUCCUUCUUCAGUGCUGGAUCAUUAUACUUAGUAGUCUGAUUGGUGUGCUGGAAUUGUUUUUUCCCUGCUUUUUGUUGCCAUUAAAUCUAGUUUUACUUG